ACAGAGAGAGAGAGAGAAAGAGAGGGAGAGAGAGUACAGUGUGCUUCUGACACAGAUUUGGUACUGAACAAGAGGAUACUCUAUUCUACCUUUAGGAAAAAGUUGGUUAGCAUUGUCUUCUGGGAUUUACUUUCCACCAUCCCCAGCAAAAAGUGUUAAGAAGGUGAACAAAGGGCUGUUGCUGAAAAACUUUAGAGAGAGAGACGACAUGGGAGUUCUUGACAGAGCACUUGAGUGGCUAAGGCCCUUUGUUGGGACUAAAAUUUGGGACUACUGUGUGGUUUGGAAACUAGGAGACGACCCCUCAAGGUACAUUGAAUGGGUUGGCUGCUGCUGUGGUGGUGCUUAUGGUGAUUCAAAUGGCAUCAAAAUCAAAGAGGAAAGGCCAGAGGGAAAACCCCAGUUGCUAAUUCCCCAAUGCAGGGACACUCACAUUCAGCAUCCUGCUAAUACCAAGGCUUGUUUGGCCCUCUCUCACUUUCCUCCUUCCAUUCCCUUGUAUUCUGGGGUACAUGGGGAGGCAGUGCUAUCAACAGAACCAAAGUGGCUUAGCUGCACCAAGGACUCAGAUUCAAAUCAGUCGCAUAAAUCAGAUGGAACGCAAGUGUUGAUCCCAGUUGUUGGUGGUCUUAUUGAGCUCUUUAGCACAAAGCAUUUACCCAGAGAUCAAAAGAUAAUAGCGUUCAUCGUAUCACAGUAUAACAACAGAAUGGAGCAAGAUUCCAUAACUGCAAAGAGCUGUUCCAAUAUGCGCUUCAAUGUACAAUCUCACGAUACAUUACCUGGUGCACAUUACCCGGUGAACAAUUGGCCAGCUCCAUUUGAAGCCAGAAAGUUUUUCCCAAGGCUACCAUUUCUUCCCCCAGUAUCCCAACUCAAUCUCCAUCCUACACUUGAAGGAUCAUCCACCGGUUCCAAUCCUUCAAAUGAACACUCAAUAUCCUUCAAUUCGGGUUCUGUUCAUGUGUCUCCAAACGUGUCUGUGAAUGGAACAUUUGGCGAAGACCCAACGAACGACAAGUCCAACAAAUGUAGGAAUCUGUCACCAAAGCAAGAUCACUUGGUUGAGACAGAUAAAUUAAAGUCUAAGCAAAGGAUGGAAAAAGAACAAUACCAUUCAAAGAAUCUGGUUACGGAAAGAAACAGGAGGAGAAGGAUUAAGGAUGGGCUGUUUGCCUUACGUGCUUUAGUCCCCAAGAUUUCCAAGAUGGAUAGAGCUGCAAUAGUAGGAGAUGCUAUCGAAUACAUUGAGGAAUUGCACAAGAAUGUGAAGGACCUUAAGGCUGAGCUUGGGGAAAUGGAAGAAGUGGAAUGCAAGAAGAAAAACGAUGUGUUGGUGAUCCCAAAAUUGAAUGCUAAAAAAGGCACCAAAACCUCAACUACUACUGCUGAUGAAAAAGGAAAAAUGGAGGUGCAAGUGGAAGUACACCAGAUUGGGACAAGAGAUUUCUUUGUUAAGCUAUUGUGUACGCAAAAAACAGGAGGGUUUGCGAGAUUGAUGGAGGCUAUGCAUUCCAUAGGACUACAAGUUGUUGAUGCCAAUGUUACAACACACAAUGGCAAGGUCUUGAACAUUCUAAAAGUAGAGGUAAACAAAAUGGAGGUAGUUCAGCCGAAGAGACUGAAAGAUUCAUUGACCCAGCUGAUAAGAAAGACGUUGCAACAGUAGAUCGCAGCCAUUCGAUAAAACAAAGAAGAGAACAAAGUGAUAAUCAAAGGAACAGUCAGAUGGAAGGAAUUGAGCGGUCUCUAUGCUCAUAUUUGUCGGUUACGUUAGGUUCUUGUUUUGUCAGCCUGAUUGGAAAACAAGCUUGUUGCUAUGUCAUUUUUUUCCCUUUCUGCUUCUAAACUAUAUGUCAUAUGACCUGAUGCUUAAUUAUCACCCUUUUGGUCUAGUUUUUCAUUUCUGGAAAAAAUACAGUAACGUGUCUGAUUCAUUUUGAUGGUUUUCGAAA